AUGCUUCUCACAUCUCGUUUUCUCCUCCUUGCCGCUGCACUGCCGCUCGUGGCUGCGUCCCUAGAGCACGCGCCCCAGCACGCGCGCCGCUCGCGUCACCACAGUGCAGCUCUUCAAUAUCGUCAUUACCGUCGCGCCACUGCUGGAAAGUGCAUCGCCAAGUCGUGGGAGGAAGUCGCUGGCGACGAUGUUGAGCCCUUUGACUACAUCAUCGUCGGUGGCGGAAAUGCAGGUCUGACUUUAGCUGGCAGACUCAGCGAGGAUGACGACGUAACGGUCGCCGUCAUCGAAGCUGGACACUCUGGCUUUGCCCACGAAGACGAUCUACUUACGCCCAAUGGCGCUUACUACAACUCUUCUGUCGGCACCGACCUAGACUGGAAGCUGCAGACCGAUGCUCAGGCGCAGGCAGCUGACCGUCAACUAGCUCUUCCUCGCGGAAAGGUGCUCGGUGGCUCUUCAGCCAUCAACGGACUGUACUACGUUCAAGCCUCUGUCCGUGAGCAUCAAGUGUGGAGCCGCAUCGCAGGCUCGCGCAAGCUCUGGGGCUGGCACUCUUUCCGCGACGCUCAUCAGAAGAGCACAACGUACGUCGGCAACUCUGUCAAGGAGCUCAAAGAGUACACGAGCAAGUACAACGACACCGUCGGUCACAGCGGACCUCUUCACGUCGGUUUCCCGGAGAGAUCGUACCAAGCCGUCGCGCAGUGGGUGCCCGCAUUCGCUUCUCUGGGCAUCAAGCAGGCAGAAUCGCCAUACGACGGUGAGACGCAGGGCGCUUACCUCGCUGCCUCGACCAUCGACGAGAACAGUCACCGUUCCUUCUCGCGCAACGCGUACAUCGACCCCAUUUGCAACACCCGCGACAACAUCAAGAUUCUUCCCAACCAAGUCGUCACCAAGGUCGUCAUCGAAGACGAUGAGGAUGAGGACGGUCUGCGCCGUGCGCUCGGCGUGGAGUUCGCCGCAUCCGCUGACGCGCCAAGGGUCCUACUAACGGCCAGACGCGAAGUGAUUCUGUCUGCCGGCGCCUACCAGACUCCGGCCAUCUUGCAGCGUUCUGGUAUCGGCCGCUCCGAGCUCCUCGAAAAGCACAAGAUCGACGUCGUCAAAGACCUGCCUGGUGUGGGUCGCAACCUGCAGGACCACCUCAGCGGACGAAUCGAGGCGCAAACAAAGGAUGGCCUCGUUGGUCCUGCGUACAGCGCCGGCGACAAGGCUCUCAACUCUUACGUUGACUCGGCCGUAGCCUACCUUUCUCUCGAGCAAAUCUAUGGCAACAAUACCGAACAGGUCCUCAAGCGCGCCAAGACGGCCAGCGAUGCCUACCUCGAUGCGGCCAAGCUGCCCAGCGAGGUCAAGAAAGGUUACAAGAAGCAGUAUGACUUGCUCUUGAACGAUUUGCUGCCCGAGAAGAAGUCGGACGGCUUGACUGGUCACGCAAAGCCCGCACUCGAGGUGCUGCUGGGCACCAUGACGGCUGGAAAGAUUGCCAUCGAAGGUGCCAUUCAAGCGCCGUUUUCGCGAGGCUACGUGCACAUCAAGUCGGCCAACGCUUUUGAAGCUCCCGUCAUCGACCAUCAGUACCUGGCGCACGAGACGGACAUGGAACUGACGAUCGCCGCUGGUCGAGUGCUCACGCAAGUGAUCCAAACGGAGCAGUUCAAGAGUCUGACCGUGCAAGAUGCUGCACUCGCCGACAAGACGCACGACGAUUGGAAGAAGUGGGCGCAGGAGACGACGGAGACGAACUACCACCCUACCGGUACCGCUUCGAUGCAAGCAGAGGAAGACGGCGGAGUGGUCUCCGACGAGCUUCGCGUCUACGGAACGUCCAACCUUCGAGUCGUGGACGCUUCCGUCAUUCCCAUCUCGCUCAGUGCGCACACGCAGAGCGCCGCAUACGCUAUUGCCGAGAUCGCGGCGGAUUCGAUCAAAAAGACUCGCGCUGAAGGUGAUGCUGAACCUAUUGAGGAAUGCGCCUUGGAGGAAGAUGAGGAUGAGGAGAGCUGCGAUGCUGAUGGCCAGGAUCAAGAGGAGGAGGAGGCCGACUCUGAGCCCGAAGAGGAGGAGAAGACGUGCAAGCGCAAGACGCAGUAG